AUGCAAUAUUGUCACUUAUUACUGACUACUGUUCAUCAGUGCCGAAUCAAGAGAGGAGAAUCGAGAAAGUUUUUUGAAACUAAAUUUUCAAAAAUCAAAUUACGAAAAAAAAAACUUUUAUUGGGAAAAAUUGCAGAAAAUGAUAAUAAAAUAUUAAAAGUAUCACUUGAAAGAUGUGAUAAUCAAUUAUUUCAUAACCAACAAGAUAUCAAAGAAGAAAUUUUUGAAUUUGAAGACUCAGAUAUUACUAUUGAAGAAGAUGAUUUUCUCAAAAAUAUCAAACAGGAAAACAAUGAUGUAAUGAUUAAACCUAUUCAGCAAAUAGAACAACAAAAUGUUCAUGCAAAUAAUGAGGAAGGAUUUAUUCUCUCAAAUUCAUUUAAUUCUAAAGAAAAUGAUGACUCUGCUAUCUGUAAUGAUGUAAAAUAUGAAGUUGACUGCAUUGAUAAUAUGGUAUAUAGUAGCAUUAUUGAAAUUGAACCUGUAAAUUUGCAGUUAAUGUUAAAUGAUAGCGAGUCUGAAGAAAAAAAAUCUUACAAAUGUCAACUCUGUAAAGAAUCAUUUUCAACAAGAAGAGAUUUAAAUAAACACCAGAAAAUUCCUAAGAAAAUUCUUAACAUGUAUUACAAAUCUAAAAAUUCUCAAAAAUUUAAUGAAGAAUCAAACUUAAAAAGCCAUAAUAAAACACCUGACCAGAAAAUGACUUUUAACUGUGAUUACUGCAAUAAGGUUUUUACUGUUAAAUCAAAUUUAACGGUACAUAUAAGGACACAUACUGGAGUAAAACCAUACAUAUGCAAUCUAUGUCAAAGACCUUUUGCUCAAAAACAAAAUUUAAUGUGUCAUAUGAGAACACAUACUGGGUAUAAACCUCAUACGUGUCGCAUUUGUAAAAUGACAUUUGGUCACAAGUCAUUAUUAAAUUACCAUGAAUGGACGCACACUGGUGUUAAACCAUUUAAAUGUGAAAUUUGUGCUAUAGAAUUUUCACGAAAAUCGAGUUUAGUUUUUCACCAAAAACACAGUCAUACAGGAGAAAAACUUUUUAAAUGUCAUGAUUGUGAUGAAACUUUUUAUCGAAAAACUUUUUUGAAGAAUCAUAUGCGAGUCCAUAAUACUGUACAAUUAGAAGAAUGCCAUAUUUGCGAGAAAAAGUAUUCUCACAAAUCAAGUUUAAAAAGACAUUUAUUGACCCAUGCAGGGGAAAAGAUGUUUGAAUGUGAAAUGUGUAAAAAGUCCUUUUAUCGGAAAUUUAGUUUACUUGCUCACAUAAAAGUUCAUAUGACAGAAAGACCUUAUGAAUGCCAUCUCUGCAGAUCAAAAUUUCCUACAGCAUCAGAACUAGAAAGUCAUGAAAAAUCUCACACUAUUGAUGAACCAUUUCAAUGUCAACUUUGCGAUUCAAGUUUUACACUACAAUCACUUUUAGAUAUGCAUAUGAGAUCUCAUGCUGGAGAUAGACCAUAUCAGUGUCCUCAUUGUUUAGUGACAUACGCACAAAAGAAAAGUUACUCUUACCACUUAAAAACUCACAGAGAUCAUAAAUUGUAUAGAUGUGAUAUAUGUAAUGCAACAUUUUUUCAAAAAAAUAAGUUAAUUGAUCAUAUGAGAUUACAUACUGGUACAAAACCUUAUAAAUGUCCUGUUUGUAACAAUAGAUUUACACAAAAAGAUGUUUUACACUCACAUAUGAGAACUCACAGUGUUGAAGAUAAAUAUAAAUGCGAUAUAUGUGGAGUUUUUUUUACACAAAAAUCAAAUUUGAUUAAACACAUUAAAGAACAUCCUGCCUUCAAAUCAAAUUUUAAUUGUAGAUUUUGUAAAACAAAAUUUGUACAAAAAUCUACUUUCAUGUGUCACAUGAAAAUUCACUCUGAAAAUAAUUCAUAUAAAUGUAGUAUUUGUGGUAUUUCAUUUCUAUUAAAAACAGACAUGAAAAAGCACGAAAAGACACAUAAUAAGAUUGAAAAGGCAUUACGGAAAUGUAAUAUUUGUAAUCAAUUUUUUCCUUCAAAAUUAGCACGUAUAAAUCAUGAAAGAAAAUAUCACACGGAUGAAGUUUAUCAAUGUUUUAUUUGUUAUAAAUUGUUUUUUCAUAAAACUCAAUUAACGCGUCAUAUUAAAUUGCACAUGAGCAAUAUGUCAGCUGAAUGUCUACGAUGUAAAGAACCGUUACUAAAAGUACCUAUUUCAGUUAAGGAACUAAGAGCCAUAACUGGAAAUAAAAAAAAUGUAUGUAACGUAUGUUCUAUCAUCUUCUAAUCUACUUGAGACACAAUUUGGUGAAGUUUAUUGAUCACAGUACUCGACUGUUUGGAGACCAUAUUCUGCCAUCAUGAUUAGCAUAUGAAUAUUUCUUAUGGAUACCGUAUUCUUUAUGUCUAGUUAGCUACUCACUGGCUACUCACUGGUUACAUUCACUGGCAAUGAUUAAUUUUUUAAAUUGGCAAAAAUUAUAUAAAUUAUA